UCGACAUUCAACACGCCUGUCCUAUUGCAACUAAAUUGUCAUAACCAUAUUCUCUCAAAAAAAUGAAAACUAUGUCAUAACCAUGACUCCACUCUUUUUUCUGUUGACAAAACCAUGUCUCCAUUCCUGCUAUGUCCUUUCUCCACUUCCAUAACCCCUCAAUCCAAAUAUACAAACAUGGUCUCUAUGACAUCAUAUGUUCUCCAAUAUUCAUUUUUAUUAUAUGCUUCACUUACUUUAUAACAUUAUAAUAAAAUUAAAAUAUUUUUCAAUUCACAAACACCUUUUCUUUAUAUUUCUUUCUUCUCUUCCAAGCCUACAUUUCACGCCAUCACCACUUCCACCUCUAAACUUUUCCUAAAACCCUCUUCUUCUCUUUUUCAUUUCACAAAAAAAAAAAAAAAUGUCUACUCUCUUUGAUGAAUUCAUGACGAAUUCGAGCUGCGAAAGCGGUGAGUCCGACCUGUGUCGCGAUGAGUCAGCAGCUUUGAUCUUAAAAUUCGUCGCUAUGGCAUCAAUUCUAGUGGCUGGAUUUUCUGGAAUUGCUGUACCGUUGUUGGGAAACCGGCGGGGAUUAUUACGAUCCGAUGGUGAAAUUUUACCGGCAGCUAAGGCUUUUGCAGCAGGAGUGAUACUAGCGACGGGGUUUGUUCACAUGCUUCAAGACGCGUGGAAAGCUUUGAAUCAUAGUUGUUUGAAAUCUUACUCUCACGUGUGGUCAGAGUUUCCAUUUACCGGGUUUUUUGCGAUGAUGUCUGCGUUAUUAACUCUUCUAGUUGACUUUGUUGCGACGCAGUAUUAUGAGUCGCAACACCAAAAAACACAUGACAGGCACGGACGAGUUGUUGGUAAUGGUGAGGGGUUGGAAGAGGAGUUGUUGGGAUCGGGGAUUGUGGAGGUUCAGGGAGAGACUUUUGGUGGUGGAAUGCAUAUUGUGGGGAUGCAUGCUCAUGCGUCGCAACAUGGACAUUCACAUCAAAACCAUGGUGAUGGACAUGGUCAUGGUCAUUCUCAUUCAUUUGGAGAGCAUGAUGGUGUGGAUAGUAGCGUCCGCCAUGUCGUUGUUUCUCAGGUAUUGGAACUUGGCAUAGUUUCACAUUCCUUGAUAAUUGGGUUAUCACUAGGAGUCUCACAAAGUCCAUGUACAAUGAGACCCUUAAUUGCAGCAUUAUCCUUCCAUCAAUUCUUUGAAGGGUUUGCACUUGGUGGUUGCAUAUCCGAAGCCAGAUUCAAGACAUCAUCAGCAACAAUAAUGGCAUGUUUUUUUGCACUUACAACACCACUUGGUGUUGCAAUUGGGACAUUAGUUGCCUCAAAUUUCAACCCUUAUAGUCCAGGGGCUCUUAUCACAGAAGGUAUCUUGGACUCUUUGUCAGCUGGAAUUUUAGUGUACAUGGCUUUGGUGGAUUUAAUAGCUGCUGAUUUUCUUAGUAAGAAAAUGCGUUGUAGCUUAAGGCUUCAGAUUGUGUCCUUUUGUUUGCUUUUCCUUGGGGCUGGAUCUAUGUCCUCUCUUGCCCUUUGGGCUUAAAUAAUUUAUUUUAAUUUUGUUGUAGUAUUAUAUUAUAAUUGUAGUUUAUUUGAGUAUGAUAUAUGUUUAAGCUCAGGACUCUGUAGGGACUUCAUUAACAAAAAAUAAUUGCAAAUUC